AUGUCUCAACAUGCCCAUAUCAAGCCGCAUGCACUCAAGUUUCCCGGAAUCAACAAGAUGAAGAAGAAGAAGAUUGUUCUCGCCUCCAAUAGCCCGAGGCGACUCGAGAUUCUCAAGACGUUUGGACUGGAGCCACAAGUUGUUCCCUCGAUCUUUGCAGAAGAUCUUCCCAAAGGCGGCUACGAGAACAAGUAUGAAUAUCCAGUGGCAACCGCUACGGAGAAGGCCGUAGAGGUCUACCGAAGGCUGGUUGAAGAAGAUCCAGACGAUGCUCCGGAUCUCGUUAUCGCCGCCGACACUGUCGUGUUUACGCAUGACGACCCAAACGUUGUAGGAUACGAAUCAACGCCGUUACACGCAAGCAUAUUAGAGAAGCCCGAAACUCGUGAAGAGAAUCUACGGAUGCUACAAGAGCUCAAUGGCAAAGCCUGCGAGGUCGUAACUGGUGUUACGGUUGUAUGGCCUAUAAUCAGCGCACCUGGAUACAUGAUAAAAUCCAUGGAUGAACGAACGAUUGUGCACUUUGCGGACAAUUCAAAGCAACGGCUGAAAGCCUAUGUAGAGAGUGGAGAAGGUCUGGACAGAGCCGGAGGAUUUGCCAUUCAAGGGCUGGGGGGACUUCUAAUCGCCAAAAUUGAUGGAGACUUUUGGAAUGUCGUAGGCUUCCCGGCGUCGUCUUUCUUCCAAAUGCUGGAUAUUCUCGCCGAAGAGGAGGAAGACUUCCUUGCGCUUUGA